UAGAAAUCGAAACUAAUGAUUUUAAUCACAUGAUUUUUGCAUUUGUAAAACUCAACCAUUCUGAUUUCUCUGUCGAUCAACGAAUUCUGUGUACAAUAGGAUGUCUUUGCCAUGUCAUAAGUGCAAACAGUUGGAGAAACAAAUACGAGAUAAUAAUUUGGUUGUAAAUCAAGUAUUGGAUGAUAAAGACCAAACUAUUGAAGAAAGAAAAAAAGUCUUAAAUGAACAAGGACGAAGAUUAGACAGUUUGAUGUCUGAGAUUAUGAACAAAAGUGGAAGUUCGGAAAACACAAAUGAUGAGUUUUCAAACACCAAACUUGCUCAAAGGUUUGACUCAAGAGUGAAAGAGCUUUGGAUUGAUGUUUGCGAGGACCUAGAGACAGAAUAUACGGAAAUUAAGCGUUUAAGACUUAUGUCAAAACUAUGCAAGAAGGUGUUUACUGCAUUUCAAAGUGAAAUCAAACAGGCGAAUGACAAACUUCUCGAAAGCAUAUUCAGUGAUGAAAACACUGUUCCAGAAAUGAUCUUCAAGGAGGUUCGAUUUGCAAGAGCGUUAAAUGGAGCAAAAACGGCUAAACGGAAGAGACAAGUACAGAAAAUAUUAGAAUCCAUCAAUUGGUCAGAAGACAUCAAAACACUAUUAUGUGAUACAAAAUGGAACCGUCUGCAAACGUUUCUGACAGAGUUUGCUGAGGUUUGCUGGUUGAUGGUCACAUCCAAUCCACCAUUGAUUCUGAACUUUGACGUCAAGGGGAAACAAUAUACCACUGACAUCAGGGAUAAAUUCGUAGUUUUUGGAAUAUCAGAAGCUAUUUCUGAUAUCAGAAUCGAACCUGGACAUGUAUUGUUGGUUGCUUGGCCGUCUGUUGAGUUGGAAGAUAACAAAGGUUAUCUUACGAAGGGCGAAGUUGUUGUCAUGCCAAAUAAAACAAAUAAUUAAAUGGAAUAGAAAAUUGGUGGUCUUUAUAAAUACCAUGUCAGCUUAUAACACAUGUAUUGUUUAAUAUGAUUUCAAAACAACAAUGAUACACAAUGAUUAUUUGCAAGUAGUACUGGAUGGGACAUUAUUAAAUGAAAUAAGGUCCUGUGCAUCUCUGAUUAUGUUAUUGGGAAUAAACGUGUACACUAUUAAAAUACAUAUUCUUGUAGAAGUAGUAUUGGGUUUGUCGGUUUCUUAAUAUUAAACGACUGAGCAUAUAACCAACGUGUCACAGGCUUAUUUGGCAGAUUUUUGUGCGUGCAAAAUUGCUUACAAAACGGAAUCCACUACUGGGUGGGUGUUAACCUUUAUCAAUUUUGUUUUUACAUUUGAAGUUCAUCAUUAGGGUCUGAUACAUUAAGUUUAUUAAUUUGACGUCAUAUCGCUAUGUAUCUGUAUCCGAAGUUUAAAGUACUUUUUGACAAAUUGCAUGACUUUGUGGUAUUGUGUUUUAGCAACAGCCACAUGAAAUUUGAUCUCUAAAGAAAUUAAGAGUUAAAUAAUGUAUCCUGAGUUUCAUGAUCAUUUUAUAUUUACGAUUCAAAAUAUUUACCGACGGAUGGUUUGAACAGAGAUUUAAAUAAACAAAGGCAAUAACAGAAGAAUCAAAGGCUCCCAUAUAAACAAAUGUGAUAUCCACUGUUCAUGCUUAUUUGGUAAGGAAGAUGUUUGGUUAUUACAUGCCUACGUAUUUUAGUAGUAAAUGACCUGAAAUGUGACCUUAGUUAGUAGAGGAGUGACGGACAGACAGUCAUGACGUGGGAGGGUAUACGUACCGACUCUCAAACUGAUAAGAGAUUAAUGAGAUUUCUGCUGCGCCUGCAGGAAGAAAACCUUAACAUAGGACUAGGCCAUUUAUAAAUGGGAAGCUACCAAUUGCCCGACAGGCUGUCACAGCAAAACAACACCAGAAACUUUACUUCAGUCGCUAGAAACAUAUGCGUGUCAUAAAACUAACGAUGACGAUUUGUUGUACUAUUGUGACACUCCAAGGCUAAUUGUGAAAUAGCAAAUGUUAAACGUUGUGUAAUAUGCUAAGCGGUAUAUAAAAUGGUUAUGACAAUGUAUUCUUCUAAUGGCUCAUCUAAAAGAGGUGGUAACAAAAUGGGACCCUUUCGCUUACUGAAACAUGGAUACACAUGUAUGGUGUAGAGAAUUAUUGUUAAAUAAUAAGAGCUUAAUCACCUAGAUCUGCUUUAUGGAAAUCUAUAAGUGGAGUUGGAAUGCUCCUUUACGUAUUGAAACAGUUCGAAACAAAGGAAUACGUGUGGAACAACGCAGUUGUCCUGUUUGUAAUAGAGACUUAUUGUUAAAGAUGAGAUUUAUG